UCACAUACACAAAGAUUUUAAAAGUAAAUAAAAAGACAUAUUUCUAUACAAACCUGCUUUUUAUUUUGAAGUCUGUCACUGUUUAAGGACUUUAUCUUGGCUGUUUAUAAUGAGGUGUUGCUUCCUCUCCGCAGGCUCCUCCUUCCUGUUUGUGAACACGUCAGGUCGCUAUGGUGGUCAGCGCGCUCAGCUGCUACUACCGCCACUCAGAGAAAACGACACGCACUGCCUCAGUUUCCUGUUUUACCAGAUUGGAGGGCGUGAAGGUGCCGUGCCCGCUACGCUUAACGUCUACAUCAAAGAGAACAGUAGUCCUCUGGGAGUUCCUGUCUUUAACUCCUCAGGCCCCGCCUACCACAUCUGGAAGGGGGUGGAGCUUGCUGUGUCCACCUUCUGGCCCAAUCACUACGAGGU